CAGGGCAAGACCCAGAUGGGUAAAGACGUCGAAGUAAUCGAAUCCGCACCCAAAACGUCAGAGUACACCGCGAAAGACUAUACCGACCCCCUCCCUCCGCCUCUUCGCUUCGAAGAACUCGCAAAAUGGUCUCUUUACCGCGCAACCAUCGCCGAGUUCGUCGCCACCCUCCUCUUCCUCUACGUCACGACUACCGUCAUCGGCUACAGCCACCAAUCCGAUCCCCUCCUGUCACCCAACGCUGACUGCGAAGGCGCCGGAAUCCUCGGCAUCGCCUGGGCUUUCGGCGGCAUGAUCUUCAUCCUCGUCUACAGCACCGCCGGGAUCUCCGGCGGCCAUAUAAACCCGGCCGGUACCUUCGGCCUUUUCAUCGCUCGCAAAGUCUCGCUUUUUAGAGCCCUGCUUUAUAUGGUGGCGCAGUGUCUCGGAGCUAUAUGCGGAGCCGGUUUAGCUAAAGCGUUUCAGAAGGCGUAUUAUACACAGAUAUGGCGCGGAGCGAAGGUGGCGGAUGGGUAUUCGAAAGGACGGCUUUGGGGGCGGAGAUCAUCGGAACUUUUUGUUUUUGUUUAUACUGUCUUCUCUGCCACCGAUCCGAAGAGGAGCGCACGAGAUUCGCACGUGCCGGUUUUGGCCCCUUUGCCCAUUGGUUUUGCAGUUUUCAUGGUUCACUUGGCCACCAUUCACGUCACUGGUACAGGUAUCAACCCAGCCAGAAGCUUCGGAGCUGCUGUGAUCUACAACAAGAGCAAAGCUUGGGAUGAUCAGUGGAUUUUCUGGGUGGGGCCAUUUGUAGGAGCAGCAGCUGCUGCAAUUUACCACCAGUAUGUACUGAGAGCUGCAGCAGUUAAGGCUCUUGGAUCAUUCAGGAGCAAUGCAUGAUCAUUAAAGUAUCGUUUGUAGGACGGCUUUUUUAUUGCUUUUGAAAGCAGCUUUUUAGUAUAAAAUUUUUUAAUUUUCAUACUAAAAAGCUGCUUUAAAAAACAGUAAGAAAGCCGUUCCAAACGAAACCUAACACUCUCCUCAGCAGCUUAUCUUCUCAUUAAAUCCAGUUGUGAGGGAAAUAAAGAGAAGAAGAAUGGUGGAAACUGGGAAAUGAACUAAAAAGCCAAAAGCAAUGGAAAACCUUAGAACUGUAGAUAUAAGUAGUGAAAGGGAAGAAUCUAUGGGGUCUUGCUUUGGUUUAUUUCCUAUGUGCUUGAGUGUACUUAGAUGGUUUGAUUGUGUCUAUAUCUAUGUGUUUCUCCUUUACUGUCAUCUUUUAAGACAUUUUCAGCUUCUAUUUUUAAGUGCAAUUUGAAUUCUGCUGUUUUAAUGCAGUUUUUUU